AUGGAGGCUAAAAAGGGGUUUGACAUGAUCGAUAGUUCCGCUGUGACCUCAUCUCGCAACACACUCGAUGAUACCACUCUCGUUUCUUCAAAAUCCCCAGGUUCCGCCGUUGCUCCCGCCAAGUUAACACCGUCGAACCUGAUUGCUGAGCGUAUUUCAGCUAUUACCAAUACUCGUUGUGUUCAAGCUGAGGAACAUAUCAUGGGUGACUUUUGUGGCGUGUGUCGCACAGUAUUGAUGCCAUGGAUUGAUGCUCUCCCCCGAGCCGUCGGUGAUGAUGAUCAGCCGAUUCGCAGAGCACCUGCCCAAUCCAUUCUCGGACGCGUCAAUUUGAGUGAUGAUGAGGCAAUUGCUAUAGUUGCAGUGGUGGCUAGCUUGGAUAUAGCUAAUAAGAGAUACGAUGAAGUCGAAGGACUUGUCGAAAUCAUGGAAAAGUUCCCGAGAGCAGUGGCUGCCGGCUAUCGAGUUGCCAAUAUCUAUCGACAUAUUUUCAAAGUCUCUACUCCAGUCCAUGACAUCCCAGCACUCGCAGAUAUUAUCCAGACUGCGCUUGACGAUCCGCAUCGAACACCAGAGGAGUACAUCAAGGCCGUUGAGAUCGAGCUUCGGCUCACAGCUCCACUCAGAACAUUAUAUGGGUCAACAACUACCUGGUCUGGCAAGAAUGCUACCAAGCCAUCUCCUUCCGAGACAUCAACACUUGAUGAUCUCCGUCCGAAUGUCCAAGGUAACUACACACACAAGCCUCCACGAGGAGGUCCAUGGGAGUUUGUACCAGGAACAAUUCUUGACAAAGCCAUCGCCGGUAUUCCCGCACCGCACCAGUGCUUUCUGACUCGCCAAUCCAAGAACGACCCCUCCAUCAAGGAUGUCCGUCAGUUCCCAUCAUGGGCUACAAUAGAUUGGAAUGAUCCUGUCGAUAUUGAUAUAUUCAACAAGUGGUUGGAACAAAAUAAAGGCCGGGUGAAGGGAAGAAUUGGCAAGCACUCAACUGUAUGGACUCAAGCUGAAAAAGAUGUCCUCAAAGAUGCCGUUGAAGCUGCAAUUGUCAGUGGGAAAACUCAGAGAACCGUGGACUGGGACGAAAUUGCGCAAAUCAUGUUCGACCACUUCAAGGACAUCACCCAAGAAAAAGGCGAGCUACUCGCCCAAAGCACUAGACUCAACGCAGACAACACUAUCGACAAGCCCAAGCUCAAAAAUCCAAAGAAGCUAAAGGAAGAUCGUGUCGGUGGCAUUUUUAGAGCUGGCAAAACAGUAAAGGUUCAGGCUAUGAGAUAUGGUGACAUUGCUCUGCUGCUACGUCUGACCGGCAAGUACAAGCCUCGUGGCAUUCGGGCUGACGAUAAUAAUGCUUCAAAAUCAUCUGACGCUUCUGAUGAUUCCGGCGAAGAUACCACCGAUGUGGAUGGAGAUGACGAAGCAAACACUGAAACUAAGUCGGCAAAGGGUGGCAAGCGACGCCGAAAUGAAGGCGAGGAUGGUCCCUCGAAGCGCAGAAAGACUCCUCCAACGCCAAUCCCCGCCAAGAAAUUCGCGACUCAGCUUUCUGAGAUACCGAAGUUCCUCAAGGAGAAGAUUAAGAAAGGCACUUCUGUGUCGGAUCCACCCAGUGGAUACAACUCCCCAUAUCAGUGAAUUCGCUCAUCUGACGUCCAGAUUGUCUUGACUUCACUUUUAAACGCGAAAUACCCUUGUAUGAAAGUUAGGCGAACAGGAAUCUUGUGAUAUUGGUGGGUAUCUUGCACAUGUUUCGAGCACACACGACGUUGCUAGAGUCUUUGGUGCGUAAAAAUUAUCGUCUUGCAUCCUCUUCUCCUGGCUUUGUUCGACAACAAAGGAUCUGGUUACUCUCGUACCUGAAGCUGAGGGGCAACUGCCGGUGGAUAGCCUGAUGCAGAGGUUCGAUUCCACAGAGAUUGUUUCCGCGAACCUGUCCAGUCUCAAGGUCAGAACUUUUGGUAUGGGCGCCCUCAGUGGACAUUUUUUUUUCUUUUUUUUUUUUUUUUUUUGAAGGGACUUUCAUAGGACAAUUUUUGCUAUCUUUUUGGUCAUGCGUGGGGCGCUUUUGUGUUCUUACAGCGAUAAUGAGAUGUAACGGAAGGAAUAGCCAAGGCAUGGUUGGAGGAGCUGAAUACAAAAUGGAACACGAAAUCAUAAAAAGGACUU